CAUCAGCUCGCGCCGUGCCGCCGGGUGUCACUCUGCCCCGCCGGCGGGGCGGUCAGCGUCCUGUCACCGCCUGUUCGGGCUAUGGUCUCGUACGGUGUUUUGUAAGUUGGCAACCUCGGCUGCUGACGCGACCCUGGUCCUGAUGGCGGCGGCGGCCGCGGCAGCCCUGGCGGCGGCCGAUCCCCCUCCUGCAAUGCCGCAGGCGGCAGGGGCCGGAGGGCCCACAGCCCGCAGAGACUUCUACUGGCUGCGCUCCUUUCUGGCCGGAGGUAUUGCUGGAUGCUGUGCCAAAACAACAGUUGCUCCAUUGGAUCGAGUAAAGGUUUUAUUACAAGCUCACAAUCGCCAUUACAAGCAUUUUGGAGUAUUUUCUGCAUUGCGUGCUGUUCCUCAAAAAGAAGGAUUCCUUGGAUUGUAUAAAGGAAAUGGUGCAAUGAUGAUUCGAAUCUUUCCCUAUGGUGCAAUCCAGUUUAUGGCAUUUGAGCAUUAUAAAACGUUAAUUACUACGAAGCUGGGAAUUUCGGGUCAUGUGCACAGAUUAAUGGCUGGAUCUAUGGCAGGUAUGACAGCAGUUAUCUGUACUUACCCUCUUGACAUGGUUAGGGUCCGCCUAGCAUUCCAGGUGAAAGGGGAACACACCUAUACAGGAAUUAUUCAUGCAUUCAAAACAAUUUAUGCACAGGAAGGUGGUUUCUUUGGAUUUUACAGAGGUCUGAUGCCUACUAUUUUAGGAAUGGCUCCAUAUGCAGGUGUUUCAUUUUUUACUUUUGGUACCUUAAAGAGUGUUGGGCUUUCCCAUGCUCCUACCCUUCUUGGCAGACCUUCGUCAGACAAUCCUAAUGUCUUAGUGUUGAAAACUCACGUAAACUUACUUUGUGGUGGUGUUGCUGGAGCAAUAGCGCAGACAAUAUCCUACCCAUUUGAUGUGACACGUCGGCGAAUGCAAUUAGGAACUGUUCUGCCAGAAUUUGAAAAGUGCCUUACCAUGCGGGAUACUAUGAAGUAUGUCUAUGGACACCAUGGAAUUCGAAAAGGACUCUAUCGUGGUUUAUCUCUUAAUUACAUUCGCUGUAUUCCCUCUCAAGCAGUUGCUUUUACAACAUAUGAACUUAUGAAGCAGGUUUUUCACCUCAACUAAAAAAAAAAAAUUAUGAUUGGUUUUCCUUAAUACAUUCUCAGAGGGAGAAAUGAAACGUUACUUUAAUUGUUGGGGGAACAUUACUUGAAUGGGGAUAUUUACACUGUCACAGGAGCCACUGGUAUUUUAGUACUUGAUUAUUUUUUCUUUAGUCACAAAUCAGAAGUGCUUACCAUACUUUUUGAUGCCAAACAUUAUACCUUAGAACAUUGAAAAAAAUAUUCCUAAGCUGAUGCUGGCUAAACCGCUUUAAAGUUUUAUUUGGAAGUAGAACUAGCUUUAAAACGGGGUUCAAGAGGUUGCCAUUAGCUUUGUCAUGCUGUUCAAAGUUUUUAAUUGUUAUCAUGGUUUUUAAAAGACUGACAGUGUUUAUUAUUAUUAAAAUAAGCAGGGUUGGUUAUAUUGCAGUAGAAUAAUGAGAACUGAAUUUUUAAGUUCUAUAAAACAGCCAGCAUUGACAUUUUAUUUUUGUUAUCUCUCUUCUCACAAUUAUGCUCCACUGGAUAAUAGGAAAAACACUUCUUUCCUUCAUUUUUUAAAUAAAACUAAUGUUGUAUUUAAAAAGUAGCCAUGUAGAGACACAAAAAUAAAUGAAGAAGCUGGGCAUGGUAGGAUGGGCAUGUGGUCCCAGCUACUCUGGAAGCUGAGGUGAGAGGAUCACUUGAGCCCUGGAAUUCCAUGCCAGCCUGUGCAACAUCGUGAGACCCCGUUUAAUAAAUGAAUGAACGACUAAGUCUUGCUCAAUUGUUAUUACUAGGUACUAUGAGUGACUUACAUGUGUUUGAAAAUGUCAGUGUGUUUCCCAGAGGCAGAAAUAAAAAUACUGAAUAUCUUUGCUCUCAAAAACAAAGUAGCACUGUAGAUUUGUUUUUGUUAGAUGAUUCACUCUAUACUAGAAUAUUUAUUUAAGUAGACUGUUAAAUAUUUAUUAAUGUAGAUGUGAAUAUCAAAAAAUGUUUCUAAGGUAUUAUGAUGCAUCAACUAGUUCUUCCAUGUAAAAUAAUUUUAGUGCAAUAUGAAGACGUAGAAAUGUAAAAUAUGAUUUGAAUUGUUAUCCUUUAUAUUAAGAAAAUGUUUUAAAAUGUAAGAAUUCCAUUUAUUCUCUU